AUGAAAGCUAAUACCAAACUCCAAACAACUCUUUCUCACAACUUAUUUAAUUUCCUUAAAAGCUAUUUACAUGACUUUUUUCCUAAAAAAGAAACUAAACCUGCUACUCAAAACCAAAAAGCUUCUAAAGCAACUUUCAAACAACUCAUUAGAAUUAUAGCUGGAGCUCAUCCAAAAUUUUUAACUGACUUUGUAUUUCAAAGUAAUCCAAAUAUUGAUCCUAAUACUACCAUUCCAUUUAAUAUAUUUGAAAAUAUACUUAAAAAACUUAUUCACAAAUUUACAACUAUAUUAUUCACCAAACUUAACUUUAUGGAGGAACAAUCUACUCUACAACAAAUUAUUAAAUAUUUCAAAGAGACAGCUCUUCCUGAAGCUAAGCAAUAUCUCUUUAACAAAUUCAAUGUUUCAUUUACUGAAACUUCUUUGUUAGAAGAUUCACUCUUCUUUUAG